CGGGUGAUGGUGUGAUCAACAGGAGUGUGUCGAGAGUGUGAGCGCAUCACGCAUGCAGUCCUACCUCAUGCUCUCCUCAGGUGCAUGGUGGCCUCCUUGCUGACCCUGGCCCUGCACACCGACUUCUCCUACCUGACAGAGGUGAUGCAGGACCUACUUAGGGCUCUGAUGGACCAGUCCAGCAAUGUCCAACCAAAACUGCUGCUGCGGCGUACAGAGUCCAUCGUGGAGAAGCUGUUGACCAACUGGAUGUCCGUCUGCCUCUAUGGAUUCCUGCGGGAGUCUGUGGGGCAACCUCUGUAUUUGUUGGUGUCAGCACUGGUUGAGAAAACCUUGAAAGGUCCGGUGGACUGCGUGACAGGGAAGGCUUUGUACACACUCAAUGAAGACUGGUUGCUCUGGCUGGCCGAGGACUUCCAAACCUUGGUAAGCAGGUAUUAG